AAUACGGAGUAAAACACAAAGUAAAUAAUAAGCAUUUUGAUCUAUAUUCUUUAUACUCCAAAAGUUCUAUACCAUGGAGAAUUCUUGUCAAUAUGAUCUCAUUGUGAUUGGAGCUGGAGUUAUGGGAAGUUCAACUGCAUAUCAAGCAGCUAAACUAGGCCAAAAGAUAUUGCUACUUGAGCAGUUUGAUUUCCUACACUAUCGCGGAUCAUCGCAUGGCGAGUCGCGGACUAUUCGUGCAACGUACCCUGAGUCGUAUUAUUGUCCUAUGGUUAUUGAAGCGGAAAAAUUAUGGAGGGAAGCUCAAACCGAAAUUGGUUAUAAUGUUUAUUUUAAGACAAAGCAGUUGGACAUGGGGCCAGCUGAGAAUACUUCUUUGUUGGCCCUGAUUUCCAACUGCGAGAAACAUUCCGUUAGUUAUAGUGUUUGUAAUAGCCACCUUGCUAAUGAAUAUUUUAAUGGUGUGGUUGAGAUACCAGAAGAUUGGACUGCGGUUGUGACGGAGCUUGGAGGCGUGUUAAAGCCUACUAAGGCGGUUGCUAUGUUUCAAACGCUGGCGGUUAAGCAUGGUGCAGUGCUUAAGGAUAAGAUGGAAGUUGUGGAUGUUGAGGUUGAUGAAGUGAGGGGUGGAGUUGUGGUAAGUAGUAGCUUUGGGGACAAGUUUUGGGGGAAGAAAUGUGUGGUGACUGCGGGUGCGUGGGUGAGUAAGCUGGUGAAAAAUGUUAGUAAUGGUAGGAUGGUCUUGCCUAUCCAAGCAGUGGAAACAAGUAUUUUUUAUUGGAAGAUUAGGGAGGGUUAUGAGGGUGAUUUUACUAUUGGUGCAGGGUUUCCAUCGUUUGCUAGCUAUGGUGAGCCUUAUAUAUAUGGAACGCCGGCUUUGGAAUUCCCUGAUUUGAUCAAAGUUGGCGUUCAUGGUGGUAGGGAAUGUGAUCCAGAUAAGAGAACAUGGGGGGCUGUAACAGCUGGGAGUGAAGGGACGGGGAAGGUUAUCGGGUAUCUUAAAGAAUGGAUCAAAUCGAGGUUUGGUGAUAGAGUUAAUUGGGAAGACGGACCAGUUAUGGCUCAGUCUUGCUUGUAUUCUAUGACACCAGAUGAAGAUUACAUUAUUGAUUUCUUAGGUGGAGGGUUUGGUGAAAAUGUGGUGGUUGCUGGUGGGUUUUCGGGUCAUGGGUUCAAGAUGGCUCCUCUAAUCGGGAAGAUAUUGGCUGAUCUGGCUAUCAGUGGGAAGGCAGCUGCAGAACGACGAAGUGAAGAAAUCAAGCAUUUUAAGCUGGGAAGGUUUGAUGACAAUCCUAAAGGAAAUGUUAAAGAGUUUGAUGACCAAGUUCGCCUCAGGUAGGCAGUCUUGCAUGUACUUGAAGCACUAGUGUUUGUGAAAAGUUUUAUAUGUAUGUUGAACAUGAAAAUUUGAAUGGUUUUAGAUGGUUGAUAAUGUGUAACAA